GGCGUCUCCCCCCGCUCAACCCAAUAUACCCUGUUUCUCUGCCUUCAUGACCCGCAGUAGGAAGCAGGCGGCGCUGGAGAGAGGAGACGAGAAGAUGAACCCAGAGGCAGGGAACGCCGCGACAGCGGCCGCAGGAGCACAGGCGGAGGGGACAGCUGACGGCGGAGCGGCUCCUGCCGCCUGGAGGCUGGAAGGGGAGGCGGAGAAAGUUGUGUACUCGCGCUCGCAGAUUUCCUUCGCCGGCACCAAAGCGCUGGGCGACGCCCUCAAGAUCUUCAUGCCCAAGUCUACGGAGUUUAUGAGCUCCGACUCGGAGCUGUGGAACUUCCUCUGCAGCCUCAAGCACGAGUUCUCUCCAGUCAUCCUGCGCAGCAAGGACGUCUACGGAUACGCCUCCUGUCGCGCUGUCGUACCCGAUCCACCACCGCCCUCGGCGGAACGGCCCCGUCGCCGCGCCGGCAAGCGGCGCUUCACGGCCGCCGACACCAAGCGCCGGCCCACGGCGGUGGGUGGCAGCGCCAAGCCGCGGAGGCGGCGGCGGCGGCGUAGGAGGGGACGAGGGAAGCAGCGGCAAGUGGCUGCGACCCCGGCGGGCGGCAGCCCCCGCGGCGAGGAGCAGGAGGCGUUGUCGGAGUUGGGGCAGUCAGGCGAAGAGGUGGACAGCGAGCAGGACAGCGCGGCCGAGGGCGCCGCCUGGGAGCCCUUCGGCGGCAAGUCGCUGGAGGAGAUUUGGAAGGCGGCCACCCCCCGCCUUAUCACCUUCCCCACCAUCCGGGUGCGGGGCAACGUUUGGAGCCGGCGGAGCCUGGCGGCGGUGCGGCGUCGGGCGCAACGGAUCCUCGGCGUGGACCUGUCUCCUGUGGUGCGGCUGCGCCGCUUCCCCGUGGCGCCGUCCUGAGGCCGUGGGAGGCCUCUCUCCCCUUAGCGGGAC